AUGACCACCAUGAAGGCGAUGCGGAAAACCACGAAUUUAAUGAUGACACUUCUAAGGACGAUACAGGCGACUCUAAAACUAGAUGACGACUUUGAAUACGACGACGACGCAUUUGGGGCAAAUGCAUUUAAGGAUGGCCGAUCUGUGGGGAUGACAGAUGACAAUGCUGUUAAAUACAAUGAUAAAGAAUCAUCUUACGACGUAAAUGAUGAUGACUACUCCGAAGAUGACGAUAAUGAUGAUUACAACGAUGAUAAUGAGAAUGACGAUUCCGAAGAUGAUGACGACCACCAUGAAGGCGAUGCGGAAAACCACGAAUUUAAUGAUGACACCUCUAACGACGAUACAGACGACUCCAAAACUAGAGUGAUGAAGACGACGAAAAUGAAGAUGACACUAAAGCCGAUGAUGACGACUUUGAAGACGACGACGACGCAUUUGGGGCAAAUGCAUUUAAGGAUGGCCGAUCUGUGGGGAUGGUAUGGUAACGCU